AUGGAUACCUCGCGGUCACUACGAUACGAGCUGGACAUGAUGCCAGGGUACUGGAGCAGCGGUAUCAUGGAGAAGUCGCCGAAGAGCGUGCUGAAUCAUGAGACGUGUCUGCAGGCUCACCUGGUGACCCUGUCGCAAGAAUACCAGGUGCAGGCUGCAAGACACACGCCUCACGCCUUCCGGCUGCACGCCUAG